AUGAAACCCUGUCUUGCUUCUCUUUGUCUGUUAGGAGCUUCGCUUCAUGCUUUGAGUCAGUGCACUGCAACAAGCUGUAAGUUUUAUCUGGAGGGGGAUUAUUCGAUAGGUGGCCUUUUUGACAUUCACUACAUAGAAGACCCCGUUUAUCAUGACAGACCCGAAGUCAUCGACUGCUCCAGUCAACGCUUCAGUCUCUCAAACUACCGAAGGUUUGAGUUGAUGAGAUUCUCUGUAGAGGAAAUCAAUAACUCUACCAACCUGCUACCAAAUGUUUCUCUUGGCUAUGAGUUGUUUGACCACUGUUCAGAUACACUCAGCUUCCCAGAAAUUUUCAAACUCAUCUCGGUCAACGGCUUGAUUCAUCCUUGGGCUAAACCAUACAAGGAUCUGUCUAAAGUGAUAGCAGUGGUUGGUCCUUUCACAAGCACUCAGUCCCUGACUGUAGCCCCACUUUUCAUGGUGAAUCUCAUUCCUGUGGUCAGUUAUGGAUCUUCAUCUUCUGCACUUUCAGAUAAAAUUAAAUUCCCAUCUUUCUUGAGAACAGUGCAUUCCAAUAGAGAUCUCAUAGAAGUGAUUGUUACUAUUGUGCAACACUUCAAGUGGAAUUGGGUUGCCUUCCUUAACAGUGAUAAUGAUUAUGGCAACGAUGGCCGGGAUUUGUUCAUUAAGAGGAUCAAGGACACUAAGAUUUGCCUGGCAUACACAACAGGACUUAGUGCCAAAACCAAUUACUCUCAGGUGUUCAGAAAUAUAGAGCGAGAUAAAAUAUAUGUAAUUAUUGUUUUUGCUCCUGAACUGGCUGCUGAAACUCUCAUUGGGUCAGCAAUUCAACUGAAUAUCACCAAUAAGGUGUGGAUAGCAGGUGACUCAUGGUCCUUAAGCAAAAGACUGCAGAAGAUUAAAAGAAUAAAAACUAUUGGAACUGUACUUGGGGUGUCUCAGCCAAUAGUGUCAAUACCUGGUUUCAGUGAUUUUUUGCAUUCUUCUAAAAGCCACGUUCAGUGUGGCGAUGAUGUGGAAGGCAAUUUUUGCGGUCAGGUUUGCAACUGCAGUCACUGGAGUGCUGAGGAAGUCCUUGAUGCCAACCCAUCUUACACUUUCGCUGUUUAUUCUGCCGUAUACGCCAUCGCUCACGCCUUACACAGGACCAUGCAAUGUGGAGCAGGUGGAUGUAAAAAUCUUACAGUGUACCAAAACAAGGUUCUGGAAGAGCUGCUGAAAUCCAAUUUUACACUGUUGAAUCAGACCAUUCAGUUUGACGAGAAUGGAAACAUCAAGUUUGGUUUUUAUACAGUCGUCUUCUGGAACCAGAGUGGUAAAGCACAGAACGUUGGAUUUUAUAACUUUCACCCAAAAGCCGAUUUCUUCAUCAACAGCACCAAAAUUAUGUGGUACGCAGAUGGAAAAGUGCCUACUUCAUUAUGUUCAUCAGCGUGUCCUGAAGGCUAUGUAAGAAAGCAAAAAGGACUCCAUGUGUGCUGCUAUAAUUGUGAAAUCUGUCCAAGUGGAACUUAUGUCAAUAUUACUGAGAAUCCCUUCAAGUGCAUUAACUGUAUGGACACAGAGUGGUCUACAGCGGGAAGCACAUCAUGCAGUCUGCGGCUGGUGGAGUACAUACCAUUCACAGCCACUGGUGCUAUAGUGAUCAUGGUUGGGACUUGUGUCUUGGUGGGCCUCAGUCUGGCCGUGUCUGUUCUCUUUGCCAUCAACUACAACACGCCUGUUGUCAGAUCUGCUGGAGGACCAAUGUGCUUCUUGAUUUUAAUCUGCCUCGGUGUGUGUAGUUUUAGUGUGUUUUUUUACUUUGGUCAGCCAACACCUGUUUCUUGUGUCUUGAGAUAUUUCCCGUUUAUUUUGUUCUACACUGUUUGUCUGGCAUGUUUUGUUGUGCGUUCCUUUCAAAUUGUUUGCAUUUUCAAAAUGGCUGCAAAGAUCCCCAAGUUCCACAGCUGGUGGAUGAAAUAUCACGGACAAUGGCUACUUAUCGCUGGGGCAUUUGUCACUCAGGCUGUCUUCCUGAUUAGCAUUUUUUAUGAUCCCCCCAAACCUUACAAUGAAACUUCAUGGUACCCAGAGCAAAUCGUACUUUUCUGUGGCAUAAAUCUUGGAGCAGCUUGUGCUCUGAUUUUGCCUUUGUUAUUGUGCUGUCUUUGCUUUAUUUUCUCUUACAUGGGAAAAGAUCUCCCAAAAAACUACAAUGAGGCCAAAGCGAUAACUUUCUGCCUCCUCUUGCUGAUCUUCACCUGGAUCAUCUUUGUCACUGUGUUCAUGCUUUAUCGUGGAAAGAACAUCCAAACUUUUAAUGGGCUGGCUGUUCUCUCCAGUCUCUACUCCUUUCUGUUGUGGUACUUCCUGCCAAAAUGUUACAUCAUUAUUUUUCAGCCCCACAAAAACACACAGCAGUACUUCCAAGGUCUCAUUCAGAAUUAUACCAAAACAAUCAGUCAGUAGCUUCUCACACUAAAAAUGUCUAGAUACUGUGUUUUUCUAAAUAAUUUAAUAUUUUUGUAGAUGAAUAAUGUUUAUCUUUUCAAAUCUAGCUAAUAUUUUAAUAGGUUUCAAAAAGAUUUCCUAAAUAUUAAUAUUAGGGUGGAUGAUGAUCACACUUGUCUCAUAGGGUCAGAAAAGACUGGAAAAAAGGAACAUGGAAAGGGACAGCGUCUUCAUUAAGCUUUUUUAAAAUGCACCAAAUAAUGGGCUCGACAGUUAGAUGAGAAACUACUGCACUUACAUCAACAUUAAGUUUAGAAUAUUGCUAGACAAAGUUUACAUGUAAAUCUAGUUAUAGUUCUUAUUUUAAAGAAUAUGAACCUUUAGUAACAGUAAAAUGAUAAUGGCAUGUUAAGUUAUAUGUGGUUUUUAAUUGUGUUGUCGUUGUAUUUGGCUGUCUGUGAAAUAUUAAAAUUGAAGUUGUGUGUAUUUUUAUAGCCAUGAAAUGUGUAGUGAA